AUGUUACUGUCAGAGAGAAAUAAAAGUGGGGCUACAUUCACUCUCUUGGGCUUCUCGGAUUAUCCAGAACUGCAAGUCCCCCUUUUCUUGAUUUUUCUGGCCAUCUAUAGUGUCACUGUUGUAGGGAAUAUUGGGAUGAUAGUUAUAAUCAAGAUUAACCUGAAAUUGCACACCCCCAGGUACUUCUUCCUCAGCCAUCUCUUAUUUGUAGAUGUCUGCUACUCUUCCAUCAUUGCUCCCAAGGCCCUGGAAAACCCGGUUAUAGAAGACAGAAGCAUUUCACUUCCAGGAUGUGUAGUACAAUUCUUUUUCUUUUGUACCUUUGUGGUAACUGAAUCCUUUUUAUUAGCUGUGAUGGCCUAUGACCGCUUUGUGGCCAUUUGCAACCCUCUGCUCUACACAGUUGCCAUGUCCCAGAAACUCUGUGCCAUGAUGGUGGUCAGAUCAUAUACAUAGGGAGUAGCAUGGUCUUUGAUACUUACAUGCUCUGCUAUCAAAUUAUCUUUUCAGGGUUUCAACACAAUCAAUAACUUUUUCUGUGAGUUCUCUGCAUUGCUCUCCCUGUCUUGCUCUGAUACUUACAUCAGUCAGUUGCUGCUUUUCAUUUUUGCCACCUUUAAUGAGGUCAGCACACCGCUCAUCAUUCUCUUGUCUUACGUAUUUAUCAUUGUCACCAUCCUCGAGAUGCGAUCAGCCAGUGGCCGCCGCAAAGCCUUCUCCACCUGUGCCUCCCAUCUGACCGCCAUCACCAUCUUUCACAGGACCAUCCUCUUCCUCUACUGUGUGCCUAACUCCAAAAACUCCAGGCACACAGUCAAAGUAGCGUUUCUGUUUUACACAGUGGUGAUCCCCAUGUUGAAUCCCCUGAUCUACAGUCUGAGAAAUAAGGAUGUCAAGGGUACAGUCAGCAAGUUAAUGGACACUGAAGUCUUUUCUUUUUGA